AAACCGCAGGUGAAUAUAUUGUAAGUUUGAAAGUGAUGUUUGUCAGUUGUGAAGGAAGAUUAGAAGUGUUAAGCGAUAAGCCAUGUUUUGGAUUGAGCGGUUAUCGCAUAGAGAUAAAUAUUGUAUAUGUGAACAAGUAUGGAAGAGUUUUAAAAUUAUCAACGUGAAGAUUGAUUCGGGUUAUCUGGAGGUUUAUAUGACACCUGAGGAUGGUUCAAGGGUGCUUGUACUAAGCUUAAGGAAUGGAGAGGAUUGCAAACCUGGAAAUUUCGAUACGACAUUUACAUUUCAAAUCUGGCAACAUGUUAAGAUUGAAGUAUUUGGUAAUGGUGAAAUUACUAUAAUGGGAAAAGUGUUGCCAGGUUUGACUAGAUGUAAGACGAAAAGCCGAUAUCCGAAGGGUUGUCCGUUCAACGACAUAGAUGGUGGUGAUGAUGUUGAAUGGGUGCAAAAAUAUGGAAUAAAUGAAUUUGAAAAAGGGGAAGAGGAAAGAAUUAAAGAGGUUCUUCGCCGAAAUGGAAGUCAUCAUGAUUAUUAUGGAGAUGAUAUCAUACGAAUUCAGCGGGAGUUUGAUCGAUUGAUUCGAAGAAAACAAAAUAAAAAAUCUUUAUCGAGUAAAAUUAUUGCAAAAGAGGAGGGGGAGAAUGGAAGAUCUAAGAAAACGUUUCGCAUAAGGAGUGGUUAUCUGGAGGCUGUUGAUGAGGGAAAUCCUGAAGUUGAUUUAGCUGAAAGAGAAUUUUAA